AUGGCGUACUCCACCGUGCAGAGGGUGGCCCUGGCCUCGGGGCUCGUCCUGGCUGUGUCGCUGCUGCUGCCCAAGGCCUUCCUGUCCCGUGGAAAGCGGCAGGAGCCGCCGCCGGCGCCGGAAGGAAAGUUGGGUCGAUUUCCACCUAUGAUGCAUCAUCACCAGCCACCCUCAGAUGGCCAGACCCUUGGGGCUCGUUUCCAGAGGUCUCACCUCGCAGAGGCAUUUGCAAAGGCCAAAGGAUCAGGUGGAGGCACUGGAGGAGGAGGUAGUGGAAGAGGCCUGAUGGGACAGAUUAUUCCAAUCUAUGGUUUUGGGAUUUUUUUAUAUAUACUAUAUAUUCUAUUUAAGCUUUCAAAGGGGAAAACUCCUGCAGAGGAUCGGAAAUGCUCUACUGCCACAGCUGGAAACACCCACAGGAAAAUUACCAACUUUGAGCUUGUUCAACUGCAAGAAAAACUGAAGGAGACUGAGGAAGCCAUGGAAAAAUUAAUCAACAGAGUGGGACCUAAUGGUGAGAGCAGAGCACAGACUGUGACUUCUGACCAAGAAAAACGUUUGCUGCAUCAGCUCCGAGAAAUCACCAGGGUCAUGAAAGAAGGAAAAUUCACUGACAGACCCACUCCAGAGAAAGAAGCUGAGGAAGCCCCUUACAUGGAAGACUGGGAAGGUUACCCUGAAGAAACUUACCCAAUUUAUGACCUUUCAGAUUGCAUCAAGCGUAGGCAAGAAACCAUCUUAGUGGAUUACCCUGACCCCAAGGAACCGUCUGCUGAAGAAAUAGCUGAAAGAAUGGAAUUGCUAGAAGGUGAAGAAUCAGACCAUUUGGGGUGGGGAGUGCCUACUGACCCCAGAGUCCAGGAAGAUAAUUCUGUUACCUCAUGUGACCCAAAGCCAGAAACAUGUUCCUGCUGUUUUCAUGAAGAGGAGGAUCCUGCAGUCUUGGCAGAGAAUGCUGGAUUCAGUGCAGACAAUUACACUGAACAAGAGGAAGCCACCAAAGAAGUAUGGCCCCAAGACUUCAGGGAUAAAGGGUUGGGCAUCAGCACUGAUAAAGCACAUACAGAUGGUACAUUGAGGAAGCGGAACCCCCAGGGUUUGGAGUUGAAAACAGCUGGUUUGGGGAAGUAUCCCUUACUCUAG